AUGGAUCUCUCGCAGACUGUUCAGUGGAGUAGAGAGGAGAGUGUUAGCUUCUCACGUGCUAUUGUGUUGAGCAAUGUCCCUUUGGAUGCUAGCAAUGACACCAUUGAGAAAGUGUUAAACACGGUAAAGGUUUUUGGUCGCACUAGAAUACGUGGUCGCCGUGGUGACAUAACUGGCAGAUGGUUGUUUAUUUUAGUGGAGACCAGUGCUGAUCUAGACCCUGAUGUUAUACCUCCUGAGAUAGGUAUAGAAAAUGAAGCUGGUCCCUGGAGUGUCAACUUAGUGGGUAGUUUAGUAGCCCAUAGUCCUGCCACUGAAGGUGACACCUUCCAGCUUAAGCUACAAGCCUUGUUGCAGCAGGAGGGUAGGUCUAUAGAAGAAGUGAAGGCCAUGAUUAUGGAAAAUCAGCCCCCUAAAUCUGACCUCAGUGUGGACCUAGUAGAUGCCAUAGGCAAAUUAGUAGAUCGUUGUAAUCAGGUGUCCAGUGAUGGGCCUAGUUACAGAAAACUGAGGUUGUUUUCAGGGUUAAAACCUGUCCCUCCAGGUGAAGAAGAAUAUGAAGUCUGGAUGGAGCAGGCCGCUCAAAUGAUAAGUGAAUGGCAAUGCACCGAAUCUGCUAAGAAACAACGCAUCGUUGAGAGUUUGCGAGGUCCUGCUGCUGACAUUGUCAGGUUUCUAAAAGUGAGUAGCCCAUCUGCGACCGCAAAUGACUAUUUAGCUGCCCUCGAUACUGUAUACGGUACCACGGAGAAUGGACCAGAUCUAAUGGCUAAGUUUCGUCAUACCUACCAGGAAAGUGGAGAGAAACUUUCAGCUUUCUUGUACCACCUAGAUAAACUUCUUCAUCGCGCUCUCUUGAAGGGUGGGAUUGAUGCAGCAGGCAUAAAUAGAGCUAGAAUGGAGCAGCUAAUUAAAGGAGCUCUUUCCAAUGAUAUGGUUGCUUUGCGAAUCAGGAUGACUCAUACUGUGCAAGAUCCCCCUUCUUUCUCACAGUUGAUGAAGGAAGUGAGAGAGGAAGAACACUGGGUAGCUGCACGAGAGAAUGUUAAAGCUUCUGUUGCUAAUGUUGCCUCUCCCCAGGUGCCUGUGCCGCCUGAAUUACAUAGCCUGAAGAAGGAGGUUAAAGAGUUGUCUAUUCAGGUGAGUCAACUGUUGAGUGUGGCCACUGUGACUCCUGCCGUUGACCGUACCCCACCGAAAAUGCCCAGUCAGACAAAGGAAGCUACGAACCGAGACAAUGUUCACAAACCCAAAACUUCCAAGUUAACUUUGCCUGGUAUCUUCUGCUAUAACUGUGGUGAAGAUGGUCAUAAGAAGUGGGAAUGCAAAGCACCUGAGGAUCUUCGAAAAGUAAAUCAGAAGUUGAUGAAGAUGCACCGCUUGCAGGGAAACUUGAGCGGAGCUCAGUGA